CUGAAGGCAAAUACUCUUAGAGAUGUGAACAAAUGGUAUGAUCAUUUGCAUGAGUCUUAUGAAAACUCAUUUACAGAUGAUGACGGGAAUGAUUUGUUUAAGGAGGCUGAUAUUGAUAAAGCAUUUGACACACUUGAAAAAUCAAUAGUUCCCCAUAUCACAACUAAAAAUUUAUUUGAUCCUAAUGGAAAUGCAGAAAAAGAUCCCCUUGACAGUGAAUUUCAGCCUAAAGCUCACGAAGAAGAAAAAUGGGGGAAAAACAGAGAAAUAAAUGUUCCAGAUGAUGAACCAAUUGAAGGUAUAAAUAAAGAUGAACUUGUGAACUCAGGAAGUAAAGAUAGUAGAUCAGUAGAGGGUGUGAGUAUAGAUAAUAAGCCAGAGGAAGCUGUCAUUAAAGACUAUGAAUCAUUGAAUAAAGAUGAAGCACAAGUGGAAACGGUGUGUAAAUAUGAUGAACUAGUGGAAUCUAUGGGUAAAGAAGAUGAACCGGGGGAGGUUGUGAGUAAAAAUUAUGAACUGAUGGAAGCUGUGAGUAAAGAUGUGUGUAUGGAAGACAGAAGAAAGGAAGAUUUACCAGUGCAAGCUGUGAGUAACGAUGAUGAGCCAUUUGAAGGUAUGGGUAAAGAUGAUGAGCCAUAUAAAGGUAUGGGUAAAGAUGAGGAACCAAUAGAAGCUGUGAGUAAAGAAAAUGAACCAAUGGAAGCUGUGAGUAAAGAUAGUGAACCAGUGGAGACUGUGAGUAAAGAAAAUGAACCAGAUGAACAAAUGGAAGCUGUGAGUAAAGAUGAGUCAGUGGAAGCUGUGAGUGAAGAUGUUGAGCCAGUGGAAGCUGUGACUAAAGAUGGUGAACCAGUGGAAGUCUUGAAUAAAGAUGAUGAACCAGUGAAAGCUGUGAGUAAAGA